UGAAUUUUCCAACGAGACCAACCCCAAACAAUCUGUGAGAUAAAGGAGUAGCGCGCCCAAAGAUUUAAACCAUGAGCUGGGCUGUGGAGGAGUGGAAGGAUGGACUUCCAGGGAAAGCCCUGCAGAAGAUCCAGGAGAUGGAAUCGCAGCUGGACAAACUGAAGAAGGACAGGAACCAGAAACAGUUUCAGCUGGACUCCUUAGAGGCUACCCUGCAAAAGCAGAAACAAAAGGCGGACGGUGAACGUUCUGAGACCUCUGCUUUGAAAAGAGAGAACCAGUCUUUGCUAGAGUCUUGUGACUCUCUGGAGAAAGCUCGUCAAAAGGUCGUCCAUGACCUCGGAGUCAAAGAGCAGCAGGUGAGCUACCUUGACGGUCAGCUGAACUCUUGCAGGAAGACCAUAGAGCGACUGGAGCAUGAGCUUAAGAAGUACAAGAAUGAACUGGACCGUUCGCAGCCUGCUGGCUCUUCCUCCUUGUCGUCCUCCUCCUCUUCUGACAUUCAGCACUACACGACUCCACAGAAGAGUUACCCUACCCCAGUUUCUGGAGCAGCCUACAGGCAGCAGGAUAACAGACUAGAUGUGCUUCAGGAGAAAUACAGCCAGGAGGUGGAAGAAAGAAAAAGGCUGGAGACUGAACUCAAAGUCAUGCAGGUCAAAAUGUUGAACCAGUCCUCAGUCAGUGUUAGCCACAAGGACAUAGCUGCUCGCCAAGCUGGAUCUUCGAUAUUCCCAUGGCAACAGGAUCAGGCCCACAGCCGCCAGUCCCAGGAUGCAAUGGAAACGCCUCUGAAGAGGCGGGGAGCCUCCCUGUGGGACGCCCUGGAGGAAACCCCCAUUAAAAGCAGCCAGCGGAUGAGCUCUACCAGAGCGGCGCAGAGUCCCUGUGGAUCCUCCCAACAGAUGGAGCAGCUGAAGACACUCAACCAAGAGUUGCGUGGCCGUGUGUCAGAGCUGGAGAGGAACCUGUCCACUCAGGAGAAGGAUAUUCGUAACCAGGCCUCCAAGCUGCAGGAACUUCAAACCCAACUGACCCAGGCCCGCAAAGAGCUGACUGAGCGGGACAGAGAGGUGGCCAAGACCAGCCACGAGCUGAGUCAGGCCACAGACAGACACCAGCAGGUUGUGACCAAGUGUUCAUCAAUUGAACAGAAGCUGAAACAAGUCUCAGAGGAGAUGAGCUGUCAGAGGCACAACGCUGAGAGCUGCAAACGAGCCCUGGAGCAGAAACUCAAGGACCAAGAGAGAGACAGUCAAAAGGAGCUAGCUCAGCUGCAGAAUACUCACCAGGCUUUGGACCAGCAGCUGAACCAGACCAGAACCAAGCUAACACAAGAGAUCCAACAGUCUAAAAAAGAACACAACGUACUGCAGGCUGACAUGGAGAAGGUAACUUUGUUGGCCGAGGAGAAGGCGGCCCUGCUGAAGCAGUGUGAGGAGAGCGUUUCAGAGAAGGUUGAAGAGACCGAGACGCUCAAGCUGCAGCUGGAAGAAGUUCAGCAAGCGCUGCUGCUCACCCACAAACAGAUCAGUUCCACACAUCAUUUGCUAAAGGUCCAGGAGCAACUGGGAGCUGAGCUUCAGAAACAAAUCAAGACGUUGUCUGACAAAGAAGAGGAACACAAGAAGAUGCAUGAGAAGAAAUCAGAAGAGCUCAAAGAGUUAGAGGGGGAGCUGAAGGGUCUGCAGAGCCACGCAGAAGAGAAGGAGAAGCAGCUCGGAGAGGCGGACGCUCACAUUUUGUCUCUGGAGAAACAAACGGCUGAGCUGGAAAAUGCAGCUCAAGAGACGAAGAAGGAGGCCGAGAACCUCCAGCAGUCUCACACUGAGAAGACCAACUGCCUUCUGGAGCAGAUAUCUUCCUUACAAGAGAAGCUGACUGCGAGCAAAGAUGAAGCAGAGAAGCUCCCAGCCUUGGAGAAAGAACUGGAAGUGGUCAACCAGUCCCAUGCUGAUCUUAAGAAGCAUCUAGAAGCUCUUGAGAAGAGUCACUCCUCUACUAUUGAAAUCAAAUCCAACUUGGAGAACACCAUGAACGAGAAAAACAAUCUAAUCUGUAAUUUGGAGAACGAGGUUAAGGAGCUCGGAGAGAAGGCGAGCAAAGAGUCGGCAAAUCACACUUUGAAGGUUGAAAAUAUGAUCAACAAAGAGAAGAUCCUCAAAGAGAAGCUCGAGGCUGCGAGGAAAUUAGUUAAUGCAUCAAAGACAGAAUCAAGUACUCGACGAGGAGAGAUCAAGACCAUGAAGACGACUCUGUCUGCUGCUUCACACGGCUUAGAAGAGAGAGACAACGAGAUAAAGAGUCUGAAGGAGAAGCUCAAUAACGCUGAGGCAGAGCAGGCUAAAUCAUCAGAUCUCUUGAAGGAGAAGAUGGUUGCCAUGCACAAAAUCAAGGUUCAGCUGGAGAUGCUUCAAAUGGACCUGGAGGACAACGAGACAGUCAUGAGCACUUGUGAAAGUCAGGUGGAGGAACUGAAGGGAACCAUAGAGUCGCUGGAGGCUCAGCUGACUCACAACAACACCCAGAUGACUGACAUGGAGGCAAGACUGGAGGACAGCCAAGCCCAGGUCUCUGUCCUGGAAACCCGUUUAGACGAUGUCCAAUCCCAGAACUCGUUGCUGGAGACGCAGUUUGUCACAGCGAGGGACGAGCUGAUGGAGAGGAGCUAUGAAAUUACUCGUCUCGAAGAGGACGUCGCCAAUCAGAAACAGCUGGAGGAGAGUGUUGCUACUUUUGAGUCUAAGCUCUGUCAGGCCACAGAGGAAAAUGUCAAGUUAGAGACAACUCUCAGGCAGGUCAUUGAAGACAAAGAUAAUAGUCUUAACCAGUUACAACAAGAGAAAAACUGCCUUGAAGCUUCUUUGAAACAGGUAACAGAUGAUAAAGAGAAAGUAGAAACUGAAAUGAUUCGAGUAAAUGCAGAGAAGAAACAGCUGGAGGUCAGUUUGGAUGAGCUUUCUGAGAAGAACAAACAACUGCAGAACAACAUUCAGCAGUUAACUGAGGAAAAUCAGAAGGUCGAUGAACUCACCGCUCAGAAACAAGUCGCUGAAUCAACUCUGAGACAGGUCAACGAGGAGAAGGCCCAACUCGAUGUUACCCUCACUCUAAUUACUGAGGAGAAAGUCCAACUCGAGGCUAAACUAAAUGAGCUAGCCUCUGAAAACAGUAACUCUGUCACUAAAUGUAAUCAAGUAGUUGAGGAAAAGCUUCAGCUAGAAGACAAUUAUAAUCAGCUGACCGAGGAGAAAAUCAAACUACAGGCUAGUGUGGAUCAAGUCACCGAGGAGAAAAUCAAACUACAGGCUAGUGUGGAUCAAGUCACCGAGGAGAAAAUCAAACUACAGGCUAGUGUGGAUCAAGUCACCGAGGAGAAAAUCAAACUACAGUCUAGUGUGGAUCAAGUCACCGAGGAGAAAAUCAAACUACAGGCUAGUGUGGAUCAAGUCACCGAGGAGAAAAUCAAACUACAGUCUAGUGUGGAUCAAGUCACCGAGGAGAAGCUGCUGCUACAAGACAGCAUAGAGCGGCGGGAAGACGAGGUGGCUUCACUUAAAGAGCAGCUGGAGAGGAUGGAGAAGAGGACCGAGGAGGAGAACAGAGAGAGGAACCGACAGUUUGAGGCGGAGCAGGCCGAGCUGCAUCAGAAGUUGGCGAGUUUACAGACGGAGCUGACUGAGUUGAAGCUGCAGUACGACUCCCUGCUGGAGCAGGUGGGCCAGCAGCACAGCCUCAUACAGCAGCUCUCUGGACCACAAGGUACCCAGAACUCAGGAGAACAAAUCAUCCACAUGGACAACCAGGAGACAUUGGAUAUUGUUGAAGCAGCAGGACAGAUUGAUGUAGAGCCGACACUUGAUACGAGCACCAGUCUUGAGUCCCUUCCAGUAAAUGAACAGCUGAGCCCCGAGGUGUCUGAACUGGAUGAACUGGAACUUUCCCACCAUUCUGAUAAGGACUUCAGUGAGACAGAGCUGGUGUUCAAGGAGGACAUCAGUGAGCAAGAGAUGAUCCAGGAACAGCUGGAGGAGGAGAGGGAGGCAGGUGUGGCAGAUGUUGAGGAAGCAGGCUGUAACGAGGAGAAGCAUCAGCUUCCUGAAGACAGCAGUAGUCCCAAAGAUGUCCCUGAAAGCACACCUGAAAUCUGUGAGAUGUCUCUACCACCAUCAUCCAUUGGGGAGAGAAGACACUUGGAGUCCAUUGAGUCAUCCCAGGUCCAAGCUGACACAGCUAUGAUCACAAAACAAGAACUCCAGACCCUGCGCUCAGACUUUGAUUCACUGAGUUCGGACCUGGCACUGAGAAUGGAGUUGACCUCCGAACUGGAAAUCCAAGUUCAAAACUUAGAGACCAAACUUCAAGCAACAGAGGAGCAGGCACAGGGUGCAGCGCAUAAGCUGAGCAUCGCUGUGAAGGAAAAGAAAGUCGCUGCUGACCAGUUGUUCCAGCUGUCAGAAGAGAGGGAGACCUUAACUCAGCAGCUGCAAACAGCUAAGUUCCAGCUUACUGAUGUGAUGGAGAUGAUGGAAGGACUAGAGAUGGCCAAAGGUGGUUGGGACGAGAAAUUCCUUCAGCAGGAGAGUGAGCUGAGGAGGGUUCGCUCUGAGAAAGCUAACCUGGAGCAGCACAUCCUGGGCAUGGAGUCUGAGCUGGAGACCCUGCAGGGGCAGAGGAGCAAACUGGGGACUGAGAUGGAGACGCAGAGGAGGACAUGUUCAGGCAUGGAGCAGCAGAUAGAAACUCUCAGGACAGAGACAAGCCAGCUCAGGUCUGAACUUGUGUCCUGCACCGAGGAGCGUGACGACCUGAACCAGUCCAUGGGCCAAUGGAGAGACAAAGUUCACAACCUGGAGAACACGAACUGUGACACCAGAAACCUAAUCUCCAUCCUGGAGGAUGACAUCAGAGCAGGGAGGAAGGAGUAUGAAGUCCUUCAAAGCAGCAUGGAGAAACUGAAGACUGAGAGGCAGCAGCUGCUGGAUCAGGUUAAGGCACUGGAGCAGGCAAUAUCCCAUCAGAGUGGAGAAAGAGAUGAGCUGAUCGGGAAGCUGGACCAAAUCCAAGAAGAUCACACAUCAGCCGAUAACAACACGGAGUCCAUGUUCGGCAAGAUACAGGCGUUACAGGGAGAAGUGUGCCGCCUCUCACAGUCUCUGGAGUCUUCUCUUCUGGAAAAGGGAGAGAUUGCCUCUCGCCUGAACUCGACACAAGAGGAGGUCCAGCAGAUGAGGACUGGGAUUGAAAAGCUGCAGGUUCGCAUCGAGUCAGACGAGAGGAAGAAAAAGAAGAUGGGAGAGAUGCUCAAAGCUGCCCAGAGGAAAUCUGACUCGCUGCAAGAUCGCAUUGCUGUCCUGGAGCGAGAGAAGGAAGACCAAGAGGAGAGUCUAGAGGAGGCUGUGCUUCAGGCUGAGACAGCCACAGCUGAGCUGGAGGAGGAAAGGAUAAAGGUAGAGGAGGAGAAGAGGGAACUCACCGAGAAACUUUCCGAGCUGUCUGCCACACUGGACGACCUGAGAUCAGAGAAAGAACACAUGGAGAGAGAGCUGGAGACAAAGAACAGAGAGAUAGAAGAACUGAAGUCCGCUAAGGAGCAGCUGGAGAGAGGGUUGGAGAAGGCAGAGGUGGAGAGAAGAGAGGGAGAGGAAAGGCAGAAAGGGCUGGAGAAAGGAAUGAGAGAGGAAGCCGAGCUGCAAACAAAGAACAUGGACGACCUCCAGGCACAGCUGGAGGCCUCCCAGCAGAGAGAGGCCUCCCUGGAGCAAAGGGGUGCAGACACAGAAGGGGAGAGAGAGAGGCUGCAGUCUCUGCUGGUGGAGAUGGAGAAAGAGAAAUCCUGCCUGCACACUUCUCUGGAGGAGUGGGAGACGGAGAGUAACAACCUGAGGAACAGUAUUAAGGCUUUAGAGGAAGAAAUAAAAGAGCUCCAAACACAGAUUAAAGAACAAGAGAGGGAAAUGCUGGAGAGGGAGGACGCUUCAGCAAAAUCCAUCCAGGAGGAAGUGCUCUCGACUCUGUCUUCAGUGGAACAAGAGAGAGAUCAUCUGCAGUGCACUCUUGCAUCUGUAGAAGGAGAGAAAGAAAGGCUGGAGCAAGAGAGGGGGGUGUUAGCUGAAGAGAAAGAAAAGCUACAGGCUGACCUCUCAUUGAUCGAAAAGGAGACGCAACAAACGCUAUCUUCAUUGAAGGAAAGAACAGAGCAGGAGAAACUAAAGAUCGAUGGGGAAAAACAAGAACUGCAGUCUUCCCUUUCUUCGAUUGAAGUCGAGAAGAAUAACCUGUCCUCGGCUCUUUCCUCCCUGGAACAAGAGAAGGAGACACUCGCAGGAGAACAAGAGACUCUUCAGUCUACAGUUGCCUCGAUGGAGAAGGAGUUGGAAGAGUCCAAAGAGUGUGCAGCAAAGCUCAAUGAGCAGAUACCAAUAGAUGCACGCCAGUCACGCUGA